AUGUUCGAGAAAAAGUUCAACAUUGAAGUACAAACUUUACAGCCUUUACGUGAGUUUCUUGCACAACUGAAAGAAGAAGGUAGUCAGCCACAACUUAUAGACUUUCAUUAUGAAUUUAAUGAAAAUGAAGAUGGAACUCAUGACUGUCAGUUUGUUAUAUAUUCACCAUUCAAUGAAGUAGCUAAAAAGAAAAAAAAUCCAUUACGUAUAAGAUUUCAAAUCUCUGAACCAAGUGAUGAUUUCAAGAAUGUUUUCAAUUAUGAUGCAAUGCUUCCGAGGAAAAAUGAAUUUUCAAAGAUUGUAACACCUGGCAUUUGGGAUAGAAAGCAAGCUAUAUUAUAUUCAAACUUAAGUAAGGGAGUUGAAAAUGAGUUCAUUGGUCAUACAAGAACUACACCACUUCCUAACCCUAAAUACUAUAAAUUAACUGGUUUCAAUCGUGAGUUUUGGAUAGACAUGUUCUCCACUCAUGACCAUAACUGCCCAGUGUUCUUACCUCCAGACCAUAAGGACUGUCUCUACAUUGAAGCACAACUCUUAAACUCUACCAUCGCAGUAUUGUAA